CUAUCUACUUGAGACCCUCAUUAACCCUUAAUAUCGCAGACCUCAAGUGAUGAGAAAAAGCUGUCCUUCCCAAUUCACUUAAUUUGAACAGGCGAACACCACAGGGCUAUUAUUAUCAGUUUUCUAGGAACAUCCAAGCAGACAUAUUUGGUACGUCGGUCAAAGAUACCAUCGAAAGAUUAAUUCGACAUGGAAGCAAUAAUUGGAUCAUAUAAAAAUAAAAAAAACCCAAUACAAGCAACGGAAAAGGUAUUGCACCUGAUCCAGCUGGUUGGAACCUAUCCAUGCCUGUGGAAGGAUUCUGAGCGGCAGUACAAAAACCAGGAAAUAAGCCACCAGGCUUGGCGAGAAAUUGGAGCAGCGCUAAACGAAAAACUAGAGGACGCCCAGGAAAAAUGGAAAAACCUUAUGAAUACCUACAGAUGCACCAAAAAAGAAAUCGCUCGAAGCCAAACAACGGGUUCCGGCGCCAGCAAAAUCUUGCAGGAUGUGUGGUACGGCUACGAAGCCAUGUCGUUUCUGCAUGACACGGUUGUUCCGCGUCGAACGCUAAAUAGUGCAAAUCUGGUAAAAACCCCUACGGCGUCAACCUCCAACGCUUGCUCUACAACCACCUCCACAGCUGCCCCUACAGCUACCUCUACCUCCAUUGCUGCCCCUACAGCUACCUCCACCUCCACUGCUGCCCCUACAGCUACCUCCACCUCCACUGCUGCCUCAACGGAGCUACCUCCGACGUAGACAGUGGUAUGCUUCAGGGCCGAACGCCUUCCAAAGGUCAAAAGAGGAAGCUCGACCGUUCAACACGAUCACAGCAAAUUACAGAUUGUUUAGAGACUGUUAAAGCCUUGGUAAACCCAGCUACUACUUCUGCAGCGUCCUGUUCCAAAGCCAGAGCUUUGGGUAGCUUAGUAGAAGCACAAGUUGCCACUUACGAGCAAAGUCACCCACAGUUCUGUGCAAAGCUUAUUCAGGCUGUGACAACAACAAUGAACGAGCAAAUUGAAAUUUUUUAUGAAGAUCAACUUGUGGAACAUAAUGAUCAUGCCUACUUCUAAUUACCCAAGUGCC